CGGGGGGUGUCAGGGGGUGUCACGGGAGAUGCUGGUGUUGGUGCCGGUGCCUCGGCGGGGCCCGGUGCCGCGGGGGUGCCCGGCGGCGGUGUUAGUGGCGGUGCCGGCGGGUCCCGGUGCCUCGGGGGGUCCCGGUGCUGCGGGGGGCCCGGUGGCGGUGCUGGUGUCACUGCCGGUGACGGGGGGUCCCGGUGCCGCUGCCGCCGGGGUACCGGCAGCUCAGCCGGUGCCGGUCCCGGUGCCGGUGUCAGUGGCGGUGCCGGUGGGUCCCGGUGCCUCGAGAGGUCCCGGUGCUGGUGUCAGUGGCGGUGCCGGUGGGUCCCGGUGCCGCGGGGCGUCCCGGUGCCGCUGCCGCGGGGGUGCCGGGAGCUCCGCCGGUGCCGGUCCCGGUGCUGGUGCCUCGGGUGCUCCCGGUGGGUCCCGGUGCCGCGGGUGGCGCUGGAGGCGAUGCCGGUCCCGGUGCCGCGGAAGCUGCCGGGAGCUCAGCCGGUGCCGGUGCCGCGGAGGCUGCCGGGAGAGCGGGCGGCGCUGGCUCAGCCGGGGCCGCGGUUACGAAACCCCUUACACAAGGUCAGCGGGCACCGCGCCACCGGGACAGCGGCCGGGACCGAAAACGGGACAGAGACCGGCACCGGCACCGGGACAGCGACCGACACCGGGACAGCGACCGACACCGGCACCGGGACAGCGGCCGGGACCGGCACCGGGACAGCGACCGACACCGGGACAGCGACCGACACCGGCACCGAGACAGCGGCCGGGACCGGCACCGGGACAGCGACCGACACCGGGACGGCAUCCGCCAUCCAGCGUCGCCAGCGCCACCAGCACCGCCUCCGGGACACCCCGCUGCACCGGCACCGAGUCCAACACCCCCCGCAUGUCCCCGCCAUGGCUCCCCGUGGACCCCCAGAGCACCCCACAGCACCCACAGCCCCCCGUGCCCCCCACAGUACCCCGUGCCCCCCAUAGCACCCACAGCACCCCACAACACCCACAGCCCCCCAUGGCCCCCCACAGCACCCACAGCUCACCAUGCUCCCCGCAGCUCCCUAUAGCCCCCCCCAGCACCCAUAGCUCCCCAUGGCCCCCCACAGCCCCCAUGGCUCCCCCCAGCACCCACAGCUCCCCAUGGCUCCCCACAGCCCCCAUGGCUCCCCACAGCAUCCACAGCGCCCUGUGGCUCCCACCAGCCCCCCCUGUUCCCCCAGCAGGACCCAAGGUCCUUGGUGCCCCCCCCCCAGCAUCCUGAUGAGGGGCUGAGAUGGGGGGGUAAUAGGGGAUGCAAGGGGGGGGAGGUGGGGGGGGCUUAGCAGGGGGAUGAGUGUAAUAGGGGGGUCUUAUGGGGGGUGUAAUGGGGGUUGUAAUGGGCGAGUAAUGGGGCUGCAAAGGGGGGUAAUGGGGUCCAAAGGGGGUGUAACGGGGGGUGCAAUGGGUGGGUGCAGUUGGGGGGGAGCACUGGGUGUGCAAGGGGUGCACACACUGGGGGAGUGCAGGGUGCUGCUGGCUCCCCCCAGGGUCCCAGGCCAGGAGCUGUAGGGGGGGGCUCAGCCCCAGCCCCCCCAGAAAAGGCCUCCCCGGGUCUUCGGGGUCCUGGGGGCGAGUGGCUGUGGAGGGGACACCACGGUGACACAGGCGGUGACACACGGUGGCACACGCAGUGACAUGUGUGGUGGCACACUUGGUGGCACAGGUGGUGACACACACGCCGCCCCCGCUCCUCCCCAGCAAACAGGGGUGACCGAGCGGGUGUCCCUGUCCCCGCGUCCCCUCCCGCGGUGGCCAUGGUGGCCCAGUUGGCGGCGGCAGCUCAGCCGAGCGUGCACCGAGCACCGCGCGGUGACCCAGUUCCAGCGCCCGCCCGCGGGGACAUCGACCCGGCGUCACCGGCCCCCCCACCGCUGGGUCCCCCCCGCCCCCGGUCACCCCCCGGGGCUGCUGGGUGGCGCUGGCACCGCGCUUGGAGCUGCCACUUUGGGGGCUGCUGCAGGGACAUGGGGGGCAGUGAGUGUGAGCAGGAGGUGAGUGAUGCGUGUGUGAAUAACAGGGUGUGAAUAACAUGUGUGCAGCGUGUGAGCAGGGAGGAAGGUGUGAGUAACGUGUGAGCAGCAUGUGAAUAUUGUGCGUGCAGUGAGCAGGGUGUGGGUAACGUGUGAGCAGGGGGUGAGUAACGUGUGAGCAGCAUGUGAAUAUCAUGUGUGUGCAGUGAGCAGGGGGGUGAGUAACAUGUGAGCAGCAUGUGAAUAUCGUGUGUGUGCAGUGAGCAGGGUGUGAGUAACAUGUAAGCAGGGGGUGAGUAAUAUGUGAGCAGGGUGUGAAUAAUGUGUGUACAGUGCGUGAGCAGUGUGUGUGCAGCGUGUGAGCAGCGCACAAGCAGUGAGCAACGUGUGAACAGCGUGUAAGCAGCGUGUGAGCAGCAUGUGAGCAGUGAGCAACAUGUGAGCAGUGUGUGUGCAGCGUGAGCAGCGCGUGAGCAAUGCAUGAGCAGUGUGUGAGCAGUGUGUGUGCAGCAUGUGAGCAGCGUGUGAGCAGUGAGCAGCGUGUGAGCAGUGUGUGAGCAGCGUGUGAGCAGCACAUGAGCAGUGAGCAACGUGUGAGCAGCGUCUGAGCAGCGUGUGAGCAGCACGUGAGCAGUGAGCAACGUGUGAGCAGUGUGUGUGCAGCAUGUGAGCAGCGUGUGAGCAGUGAGCAACGUGUGAGCAGUGUGUGUGCAGUGUGUGAGCAGCGUGUGAGCAGCGUGUGAGCAGUGAGCAAUGCAUGAGCAGUGUGUGUGCAGCAUUUGAGCAGCACGUGAGCAGUGAGCAACGUGUGAGCAGUGUGGGUGCAGCAUGUGAGCAGCGUGUGAGCAGUGAGCAAUGUGUGAGCAGUGUGUGUGCAGCGUGUGAGCAGCACGUGAGCAGUGAGCAACGUGUGAGCAGUGUGUGUGCAGCAUGUGAGCAACGUGUGAGCAGUGAGCAACGUGUGAGCAGCGUGUGUGCAGCGUGUGAGCAGCGUGUGAGCAGUGAGCAAUGCGUGAGCAGUGUGUGUGCAGUGAGCAACGUGUGAGCAGUGUGUGUGCAGUGUGUGAGCAGUGUGUGUGCAGCGUGUGAGCAGCACGUGAGCAGUGAGCAACGUGUGAGCAGCGUGUGAGCAACAUGUGAGUGGUGGGUGUGUGUGCAAUGUGUGAGCAAUGCCUGCGUGCAGUGUGUGAGCAACGUGUGAGAAGUGUGUGAGCUGAGCCCAGGCCAGCCGAGACGAGCCCAGUUGAGUGGGGCCGAGCCGAGCCCAGCUGAGCCGAGCCGAACCGAGUGGGACCGAGCCGAGCCGAGCCGAGCCCAGCCGAACCGAGCCCAGCCCAGCCCAGCUCAGCAGAGCCGAGCCGAGCCGAGCCGAGCCGAGCCGAGCCGAACCGAACCGAACCGAACCGAGCCCAGCCGGGCCGGCUUCGGCGGGUCCCGGUGCCCGCGGCCAUCGCGGCGGGGCCGGGGGCGGAGGAGGAGGAGGAGGAGGAGGA